ACCCACCACCAUGUUCUACAAAGGGUCGUUACAGGAGGGCAUCUCCUCGGCCGUCGGACAGCAGAAGCUCGUCCUUUGCUUCGUCACCAACGACAACGACGAGAGCCGCCAAUGGCAGGACGAGUAUCUUCAGGACAGCUCCUUGAAGGAGCUCAUCCAGAAACAGGCGGUGGCUCUACGCCUGCAGGCCGGCUCCGAGGAAGCCGGCUACCUCGCCCAGAUCUUCCCGCUGCCACAGACCCCGACAAUCGUCAUCAUGAAGCAUGGCGAGCUCAAGGAGUACAUCGCAGCGGGCACCACUCGUGACGAUUUCUUCCGGCGCGUGCAGAGCGCCUUCAACGCUUCACCCACCCCGGCCACCUCCGCAGCUGCGUCAGCACCAGCACCAGCAGCACCAACAGCUCCAUCCGCCGAGUCAUCCUCCACGCCGGCAGCUCAACCGUCCUCCAGCCCCUCUCCAUCCGCGGCAGCUACGGCACCAGCCGCGGCAGCAGGCACCGCCUCCUCCCCGUCACCCGAGAACGAGCGCUCCGAGACGGUGCGCCGCGUGCUCGCCGAUCGCGCCGCCAAGCUGCAGGCCGCAAAGGAGGAGGCCGAGCGCCGCGCCAAGGAGGAGCGCGCGCGGGCCAAGGAAAAGGCCAAGGCGGACGCCGAGACGGGGGCCGACACCGACGCCGCGCGGACGCACCGCCAGGCCGAGCUCCUCCGCAAGCGGCGCCAGCAGGAGACGGAGGAGCGCCGGCGCAUCCUCAAGCGCAUCGAGGACGACAAGGCGGAGCGGCGGGAGCGCGCGGCGGAGCGCCAGCAGAUGCGCCUCGACACCCAGCGCACCGGCGACGUGGCCGCCGCGCUCGUCAACGCCCCCGAGACGAAGCUCCCGUCGACGACGCGCGUCGGCGAGAUGACGUCCCUGCAGGUGCGGCUGUUCGACGGGUCCACCCUCCGCUCGAGGUUCAAGACGGGGGCGCCCUUCCGCGACGUGCGCCGGUGGGUCGACGAGAACAGGACCGACGGCAAACUGCCCUAUACGUUCCGGCAGCUGCUCACCCCGCGGCCGAACCGCGCCAUCGACGCGACCGAGGAGAGCCAGAACCUCGCCGAGCUGGGCCUCGCACCGUCAUCGACGCUCAUCCUCAUCCCAGUGCAGCAGUUUGCGUCCGCGUACGAUGCGGCGCCGCAAAACAUCUUUGCCAGGAUCCUCGCAGCAUUCGUGGGCUUGUUCAUGUGGCUCCUGGGGCUCGUCGGCCUGGCGGGGAGGGGCGAGGCGGCUGCGAGACCGGCGGCGGCCGGAGUCGAGGCAGACGGCCCAUCAAGCGCAGCAGCUCAGACGGAAAAGGACCGGCGAAUUCGUGGAUUCCAGAAUCCAAACGACCAGAGGGCGGACCACCAGCUGUACAAUGGAAACUCGCUAAACUUUGAGCCGCGCCCAGACGAGGAGGAUAGCGAGGCACGAUUAGACGUGUGAAGAUUUUGACGCCGAGUCCCUUUAGAGCGGGAAUGCCUCUUUACAAUGUAUAAUACAAAUCCAAAAGCGGCGAUUCGUCCGUGGGCCUGUUCGUAUUGCCCAUCCCAAGAUAUGCACGCUCAUGCUGCCA